GUCGGCUUCGGCGACGCAUCCCUACCUCUAUGGAGUCCCGAGCCCCUGGCCAAACCGAAGGCUCCAGGCCAGUCAGUGCUGGCAUCUGAAUUCUGGCGGACGCAUGAGCGGUACGCCCUACAGCGGUCUCGCGAAGCCGCGCGGCAAGCGGAGAUCAAGAAGAACUCCGAAGAGAUUCCCCAGACAUCGCACAAUCUGCACAAUGAUGCCACCAUCCACUCUCAAACGCAGGUUCAGUGGCAGCCUGCUGUUCAAUCGUCGCCUUCCCUGGAGGCCUACCUGCCCUCCACCCUGGCCAGAUCGGAGCCUUUGACUCUGCCUGUCCCAGCCGCCAAGGAACCUCAUCCUCCCCAGGUGCAGGCCCCUCCAAGAAAGCAGCAGCCGCCAGCCGAGGAAGCCUACGAGCAACUGCUGGAAGGCCUUGCGAGGCGGCUUGCCGCUUCCCCAGCAAAGGAGCGACCGAAAGACAGCGCUGCUCAAAGAAUGGCUGCUGCUGCCUGGCACCAUGCAGCGGCAGCUGCCGCUGCCCAGCCCUGGCCGGAGGACGCCUGGAGCAAGUCGGACGAGAAACCGGUCGACAUGCGCGGUCUGGAAGAAAUGCUGGACUUCCUUCAGCGGCGGGCGGAGGCGCAGACCAACGAGCUGAGGCACUUCAAGGACGAGCUGGCGGCGAGGUCGCACAUGGCCAAAGUCUUCAAUGAAGGUUGA